UACUUAUAUACGUAAGUAUGUACAGUCGGUGUACAUACACAUAUUAUUUAACUUGUCAAAUUUUUGAUUUUGCUUUUUAUCGUACAAAUGCGUUUACGAGCAAAGUACAGUGUUUAUAGUACCUACGAGCAAAUAUUAUCUCGGUCUGUUCGUAUAGAACGCUGAAACAUAAUGUACACUCUAAACAAUAUAAAACUGUUGUACUUUUUAACUAGAAUGUAGAAUUUUAUCAAAUAAAGCAAACAUUAAGAAUCAAAUUUCAAAAUGAAUGUUGAAGAAAAUAGACUACGGACGUUCAAAGAUUGGCCAGCAAAUGCCCCUAUUGAUGCUACACGAUUAGCAAAAGCGGGGUUUUACUACAGUGGACAUGCUUUAAAAGUACAAUGUUUUUUAUGUGGAACGAAAAUCUCCGAUUGGAAUUAUGGCGAUCAAGCUGUUAGUCGUCAUCGUGAAGCUGCACCUGAUUGCGAUUUUAUUCAAAACCCAUCUGAUACCUGCAAUGUUCCAUUAGUACCAAUAUCCACCAAUUAUAAUGGGUUAACUUCAACAUCAACUGAUUUAUGGACAGGAAAUAAUGCCAUUGGAAAUGAAUUUAUAUCCUCCUUCGCUCAGAACAGAGAUCUUCAAGAAGAUCUUAAAACUAUUUCUCAAAGACUAAAAACUUUUGAACAUUGGCCAAGUUCUUCUAUUGUGUCACCCGAGAAAUUAGCUAAAGCUGGUUUUUAUUAUUUUCUGUUCGAAGAUGCGGUACAGUGCGUAUAUUGUAAAGGUGUUUUGAGACACUGGGAAUCUGGCGAUGAUCCAGACAAAGAACAUAGAACACAUUUUCCUAAAUGCGAUUUCUAUUUAUAUCAAAACAUAGAUGGUAUUUAUUUAUUUGUAAAAAGGAUAUUCGUAGAUCUAUAUGGUAAUUAUCUUAUUAUAGUCUUCUGUUCAAUAGAUACCUUAAGUCUAAACAAUGUAAAGUUAAUACCUGGUACAACAUCGAGUCUGACAGAAUUAGGGAUUCAAAUGCACGCAGCUCCAAAACAGCCGCAUCAUGCAACAUAUGAAGGACGAUUGCGUACCUUCUAUGGUUGGCCAGAAAAUCUAAAACAAACCCCAGAAAUAUUGGCUAGCGCAGGAUUCUACUACACAGGAUUAAGAGAUCAAGUCAGAUGUUUUCAUUGCGAUGGUGCUUUAAGAGAUUGGGAAGUAACCGACGAUGUAUGGACUGAACAUGCAAGAUGGUUUCCUAGAUGUGAAUUUGUAAAUCUCAUAAGAGGACGAAAAUUCAUUCAACAAUGCAUUGAUAAUAGACCACCGCUACUUCCAUCAAUUUUUGAAGGUGUACCAGAAGAUGAAAGUACAAAUCCAACCGAAACAUCACCUAUUCCAAUUUGUGCAGCUUCAUCUUCUGCACAAAGAGUUGUAGAAGAAACAGAAAAAUUUGAAACUCUAAAUACAAAUUCCAGUCCAAGAAUAGAAGACGACUUACAUACUUUAAUCACUAGAUUGUUUCAUCGAAUAUCGGAACUGGAAGACGCUCGCAAGGAAAGGUGUAAUGACAAUGAAAUAAUUAAUCAUCAGCAAGACUUAAAUGAGGAGAACAAUGAACUAAUCUCAAAUGAGAGGGAAAAUUCCAAACCGUCUGAUAUACGUAAUUAUACUUUUCAGAAGAAGAAGGACGUAAAAGUGGAGGAAAAUGCAUCCUUGAAGGAAGAAAAUAGAAGAUUAAAGGAAGCUCGUUUAUGUAAAAUUUGUAUGGAUCGGGAAAUAGCAAUUGUAUUUUUGCCAUGCGGACACUUGGCAACUUGCAUUCACUGUGCUCCAUCCCUUACUUAUUGUCAAAUGUGUCGACAAGAAAUUCGAGCUACUGUUCCGAUGACUGGUAUUCUUGAACAUCGUAGAGAGUUGGGCAGCGAUUCAAAUAUUAAAUCUUCAGCAAAUCCGCAGUUAACACCACCAACUCCUAUAACAACUCAUUCAUUGGACGUUGUGGAUAACAAUGAUUAUCGCUAUGAACAAGCAAGACUGCAGAGUUUUGAGAAUUGGCCUGUGCCAUAUAUUAUAGAGCCCAAAAGACUAGCUGCUGCUGGAUUUUAUUAUACUGGCGAAGGCGAUAAAGUAAGAUGUUUUGAAUGCCACGUAGAAAUAUGUCAAUGGGUAGAAGGUGAUAAUCCAAUGGUUGAUCAUCAACGUUGGUCAGCAAGAUGCAGAUUUAUUCGCAAAAUUAAUUGCGGUAAUGUCCCAAUCGGAGUAGAUCCUAACACAGUUUUACCACCGAGGCCAAGAAGUAGAGACGUUUGUGGUCCUUAUGGACUAGAAUAUAGACCUACUUCAAGUCCAGACAAUCAUAAUUUAACCUCAGAAUUACAAUUACCAAGUACAGCAAAACUAAGCAGUUUAGGCUUAGGAAGACCUAAGGGACCUGUAUAUCCUGAAUACGCUAGUCACGAUGCUAGACUACGUACAUUUGAAACAUGGCCAAAAAUUAUGGCACAAACGAAAGAACAAUUAGCUGAUGCUGGUUUUUAUUAUACCGGUAAAGGUGACCAGACUCUGUGUUAUCAUUGUGGUGGUGGUCUGAAAGAUUGGGAACUAGAGGACGACCCCUGGGAACAACACGCAAAAUGGUUCUCUAAAUGUUAUUAUCUGCUGAUGGUUAAAGGUCAAGACUAUGUUAAUAAAAUUACGGGUCAGCAUAUAUCCCCACCAUCCAAGGAGGAAACAAUGCAGAUGAAUUUACCAAGUUUUAUCAAAAAAGUUCAGCCUGUACCGACGAACACAGAAAUGAAAGAAGAUGCGGGAAAUAAUCCUGGUCCAAGUUCUCAAAAGACUGGUUCUGCUGAUAGUGGUAUAGAAAGCAUUGGAUCAAUCACAGAAUUGGAAAAAGAAAGCAUAGAAGAUCUAUCUAAUUCAAAGACACAAAACAAUAAACCUAUAGAUGAUGCGAGGAUGUGCAAAAUUUGUUACAAUGGAGAAUUAGGAGUAGUAUUUUUACCAUGUGGACACAUAGUAGCUUGUGUUAAAUGUGCUCCUGGUAUGACAACUUGUGCAGUAUGCAGAGAGCCUGUUACUAUGACCGUGCGAGCCUUCUUCUCAUAGUAUUCCAUAGCUUGUGAUAGAAAAUGAUUACAUUCUACAUAUGAUUUCUGUUAUAGUAUUUUAUACUCGAUCAUCCACGACUGGUAGCGAUAAUCAUCGCAAACUGCACUAAAUGACAUGACUCAUGUAGCAUACCAGUCUGCGGGUACAAGCUAUAAGAAUUCUACCAAUUUUUCAAGGCUUUGUAUGUGUAAAUCGUUGACACGUGAAGGACGAAGAAAAAUUUAUUCGAACGUGAUCGAUAACGCAACAAAUAUAUUUCAUGGUUCUGACAUAGUUAAAGAAGAGUUCUCUUCAUGUCCUAAAAUUUGUCCACGUGCGAUCAGUAUUACAACAAAGGGUAUAAAUAUAUGUAUUUAAGUAUUCUUACAAAUGCAUAACAUAUCACGAGUAGAGGAGUCGUAAGAUACUUGCUCAUACUGAUCCCUAAUCAAGUUUUCAGAAUAAUUUUGUCUGAAACAUAACAAGCUGUACCUGCAACUGAAUGUUGCUAUUUGCACAUUCAUAAAUUUGUGUCGUCCACAUCACUGGACUAAUCAGGAAGGCAACAGAAAAAAAUGUGCUUUACACAAAAGUACAAAUAGCAACAAAAAAACAUGAAGUCUAGUCAUUAGUAUAUAAUGAUGACGGAAACGCGUAGAGAUUUACAGCUAUAAGUUAUAGAAAUCUAAUGGAAAGAAUUAUUCAAUUGUAAUUUUAUUGCAAUACUAAUAAAAUUAACGUCCACUUAGUUACCCUAAUUUAGUUUCGUCCAAUAGUAUCGGUAACGGUUCUAUUUUUAUUUGUACGCAUGGUGCACGGGGGAGCAUCACUUCAUAAUGUGUAUAACGUAUCUGAGAAUAUUUAAGCAAAAGUAAUUGUGAAUAUCCGAAUCCGAAUUAUCGACUUUCAUAUAUCCUACCUUAUAUUAUACUUCAAAUCAUUAACAUAUUUUCAUUACUGCAUAGUUUCUAUUUGACGUAAUUUCUUGUACAUUUUCAAUACAACAUUAUCAAUAUAUGUAGGCAUUAUUUUAGUUUCAUCUGAUAUAUUCUAAAUAUGAACUUAGGAAAAUGUAUUAAAGUAUCUGUACAUUGUAUGUUCAGUGCGUGUACAUCAUUAAAAAUUUAUCAUAAUCAUACUAAUAACAUGUUACAAAAUCCAUGGUAGAAUCAAUGAUUGUACAUGCAAUUGGAGUAUAAUUUGUUGUGAUAAUGGCAUACAAUAAAAAAAACAAGUAUGUAUA